UCGCCAUAAAAGGAGAAGCAGCUGCCUGGGCUCCCUGGUCUAAAGAUAGAGGACCCUGCUGGGCACACCGAGCCCCAACGGGCCGCUGGAGCCGCCAUGGCGACGCUGCACGCCCGGACCCUGUGGUAUGACAGGCCCAAGUACGUGUUCAUGGAGUUCUGCGUCGAGGACAACACGGAUGCCCGCGUGCUGCUCGAGGACCACCGCCUGGUGUUCAGCUGCAAGAACGCCGACGGGGUGGAGGUAUGCAACGAGAUUGAGUUCUAUGCCAAGGUGAACUCCAAGGACUCCCAGGAUAAGCGCUCCGGCCGCUCCAUUACUUGCUUUGUGAGGAAGUGGAAGGAGAAUGUGGCCUGGCCGCGCCUCACCAAGGAGGAUAUCAAGCCAGUGUGGCUGUCUGUGGACUUUGAUAACUGGAGAGAUUGGGAAGGGGAUGAAGAGACAGAGCUGGUUCAUGUGGAACACUAUGCCGAGCUUUUGAAGAAGGUCAGCACCAAGGCCCCGCCCCCUGUGAUGGAUGACCUGGACGAUGAUUCUGACAGCGCCGCUGAGGCCGCAGGCACCUGACCAGCUGCUGCACUGGGGGCAGGACAAGGAAGUUAGAGACUGGUGGGCCUUCCAACCCAUCAUCGACUCAUCUCGAUGUUCGGGCCACUCUUCAGUGCCCGAGGAUCAUAAUAAAGCUCUAGGAUUUGUACUUUG